CACAAGACGCAGGGGGCGGAGAGAAGGCGUUGUCACGUGGUACGUGCCACUGUUUUCGGCGCUUCUCAGAAUGGGCCAAUGGCAGGCGUUUUUCAUGACUACGUAACUAUUUGAAAUAUUUUCAUUGAAAUUGUGUAAGAUAUAACUCCAAAUAUAGACAAAUGAACCACGACUUGUGAGAAAUAGUAUAAGUAAAUAUUGAGUGUUUGUGGAAAAAUUAAAUCUACAGUUUUUUUUUGCAUGCGGAAACACGAGCUUCUGUCGAGCAGCGUUAGCAUUAUACUCACUUUUCACCAUUGUAACACAACAUCUAGUCCUCACCUGCUUUAUUUACCGUUAAUACAAACAACAGGUCGUGCUUGGCGAGUAUGAGUCGGCAUUUUGGAUUUAAGUCACUAAAGUAAACCGUAGACGCACAGGUUAGCAUCUAACCUGCAGCCCGAGCUAACAGCUAAAUAGCUCAGUAUGCUAAAAACAACGCACACUUUUACAUGUUUUAUUUCCACAUCUUACUAUCAGCUAUUGUUGUAAGUUUGCGUAAGUUUCCCCUUCUGAAAUACCAUAUUUCAUACCGUUACUAACAGCCGAGCUGGAUUAACCGAUUACAUUUCUGCUUUAAAUGUAAGCGUGGGUGUUAAAAUGGAUAUCUUGAUGAAUAAUUUCACCAACAACAAAAGGAACGAUAGCAUCAGCAGGCUGCAGUGUAAUGCACAUGAGGGUGAUUCUGGAGCAUCUAGGGCCCCUGUGCUUAACUCAGGGUGUGCUCCCAUGAGCCCAACCAAGAGAAAACACCAUGAACACUCGCUGAAUCAUCAAAAAGACUCGGAUGAAGAACAGAUGAACAAAAUGAGAUGCUUAUUGGGAUCCCAUCUGAGAAAUUCGAAUGGAGACACUGAAAACCAGGAGUUAUGCAAUUAUAGUUAUGGUCACACAUCUCUGAGUGGUCUUCAUAACCAUCAUGUAUUUGCACCUUUCCCCAUUUUUGCGGUGGAUCAACCCCUUGAGAUGACCAAACACAGCUUGGAUCCUACUAGGAGCGUGCUUCGUAUUCCUGGAUCCAGCACAAAACACCAGCAGAAUCGUCCAUCGGUAAUCACCUGUGCCCCUGCCAGCAACCACCCUUGCAGUCUCUCCAGUUGCCACAUGUCCCCUAAAAGCUGCACAUCUGGAUCCACCAACAAGACCAAAGCAAACACUGUGUGUGACCCUGUGAUUGAGGAGCAUUUCCGCCGCAGUCUGGGGAAGGUCUCUAACUCAGUGAGCAUCACAGGCUCAGUUGAUGACCACUUCACUAAAGCACUGGGGGACGCCUGGUUACAGAUCAAAGCCAAAGGCAAUGGCGGUACAACACCAAAUCAUGAGAGUCAAUGAUAAACUAAACCACAAACAUGAACCCUGUGAGGUUAGCUCACUACAGAAGUGUACUUAAGACCAGACCCAGACCAAAACUAGAUCAAGAUUGCAGUAUUCACUCGGAACAGCAUACUGUCCUUACAAUUUCUGGCAUAUCUUUUCAUGGCAAAAAUAGGAAGUGACGUAUGCUGUUUUGUAGUAUACUGUACGUUGCUUUGAAUUCAGAUAGAGCUGCGUGAAGCAUGCAUGACCAGGGGUGGGUGAUAUGACCAAAAUGUUGAGAA